AAGUCCCGGGCGAUGUAAUGACUCUCAAAUUUAUGAGACGUCAUCACUUAAAAAAGAAAUGGAUAGUUGUUCUUUACUAAGCGAAAUGUCUAGAGAAAUUUCAGGCGUAAAUGUGCCAGUAUUCAUUAUUGGGGAUUCGGCUUUUCGAUUUAGCAAACAACUAAUGAAACCGUAUCCAUUUAGCGUAAAUCAAAAUAAUGGUGAGAAGGUAUUCAACUACGCUCUUUCGAAAACACGUAGAGUUGUCGAAAAUGCUUUUGGACACCUCCAGGCCCGCUUUCGACGCAUCGGAAAAGGAAUUGACAACUCUGUAUGGAAUGCCAACUCCAUAAUAAAAGCAUGUUGCGUCCUUCACAAUUUUUUAAAUGAUAACAACGACACGCUAAACGCUAAAUGGUUACGCGCUUUGGAAGAGUUGGAGACUAGACGCCAGAAUCCGUGUGAUAUUUCAUAUGCAUCUGACGACCCAAUUAAUGGAGAAAUGAUUCGGACAGCACUUUGUACAUAUUUUGCAUCACUCGGCUCGGGAGACGGUACUGGUACCGAAGAAGUAUCGCUUGGCGACAUCGGCAUAGCUGAGGGCGAUGGUAGGCAAAUCGGUGAUGGCAAUGGCGAUGCAGCAACCGCAGCCGUUUCCACCGAAAUUUGGAGUGGUUCGGAGUUGGUAGAACCUUUUUAAAAAUUUAA